AUGUACAACCGAUAAGCCGACUAGUCUGAAUCGGUUCGAUUUCUUCCGUUAUGAGACCCAACCGAUCGGUUGGACCUAAAAUCGAAUCGAGCCGAACAAAUAUACACCCCUACUUCACUCGGUCCUCUCUCGUUUCUCUUCUUUUUCCUCUCGGUCCCUCUCUCGCCUCUCAGAGUCACAAGUGGGUUUCUUAUCGCGCCAAAUCCUCCAUCCAGAAGCUCGCCUCGAAAUAUUGUCUCACGGCCACUCGCCAUAACCAUAGUUCCAGCAAACCUUCCCACUGCACGUCCUUAUGUAAUUCCGUGAUUGAAGGACACUGAGAAGUUGAUUGUUUGCACGAUUUGAUCAGAUGGGAGACCCAACAAUUUUGGAUAGAAUGCUUAUUCACCUUCGUGCGACAUGCAAAUACUAUACUGGUUUCCCAAAAGAUCUUGGGCCUUCAAGGGUCAUACAUUUUACAUCUGAACGUGAGUUUGUCCAGCUCCUUCAUGAAGGUUAUCCAGUCGUUGUUGCUUUUACAGUCAGAGGUAAUUACACAAAGCAUCUUGACAAAGUAUUGGAGGAAGCUGCGGUUGAGUUUUAUCCGACUGUGAAAUUUAUGCGUGUUGAGUGCCCAAAGUAUCCUGGUUUCUGCAUUUCACGGCAGAGAAAGGAAUAUCCAUUUAUCGAGAUGUUUCAUAGCCCACAACAAGCAUCUAGCCAGGGAAAGAUUUCUGAUCCUAACAUUACGAAGUACUCGGUGAAGGUUCUACCCUUCAACUAUGACCCCAGUGCCUAUGGAUUCAGAGAGUUUUUUAAGCGUCACGGGAUAUAUGGUCGCUGAAUCAAAAGUAAUACACGGUCAAGAGCGCAAAGCCUUUGUAACUUAUCUGUGAUUUUGAACUGGUUUGUGCCGUACAUGAUGGAUACAAACUCCAUAGAUGUUUAAUCUUUAUGCCCACAUGAAAAGUAGACUCAUACAAGAUACUUCCUGGUUUUCACCCUCGAGUUUGUAUAACUAGGUUCGCAGGAAAGUUAGCCGUAUAUCCUCUAUGUGGUAAUAUUGAUAUCUAAUUUCUUUCCAAGGGGCCAUCUUCAGAACAUUUCAUUUGCCUCUCUUCAGUAUGAAAUUAUUUAUUUGAAGUCAGUGGAUUGUGACUCAGGUUCGAGGCCUUUUAGUA